GCUGCCUGUUGUGGAGCAUGCACUGUAACAUAUAAAAGCUGUCAGCAGUUCCUGUGGCCAGAAAGCUUCACAACCAGCAGAGUUUUGUUCUUUGCGAGUUUGUAAUAAGAGACACUCCUUCACAAAGGUCCAUAUCACCACAUAGGAGAGUGUUAUAUAUACUGGGAGAACAAUAGACUGUAUUCAUUUUGGUAUUAUCCAAAGAUCUGUUUUCUACUGUCCUGACUUAAAGCAGAGUACCUCUGUGGCCUAUCUCUCCCCUUUGGCCCCAAGAUGACAGUAAUAGCUGCAAUCAGUUGUGCUUUCUUAUUUUCCAUUCUCUGUGAAACAAGUGCAUUAGUGUUACCCAACUCCACUGACCUGCUCCUGUCAAACAAUAAUUUCACUGACAUUGAGACGGCUUUGGCAGCUCAUCUGGACUCAGCAAAAAUUCCCAAAGCCAGGCGGAAGCGCUACAUUUCACAGAAUGACAUGAUUGCCAUUCUUGAUUAUCAUAAUCAAGUCAGAGGCAAAGUCUUCCCACCUGCUUCCAACAUGGAAUAUAUGGUUUGGGAUGAAACUCUUGCCAAAUCUGCAGAGGCUUGGGCUGCUACAUGCAUUUGGGACCACGGACCUUCCUACUUACUGAGAUUCUUGGGCCAGAACCUGUCUGUGAGAACAGGAAGGUAUCGAUCUAUUCUCCAGUUGGUAAAGCCGUGGUACGAUGAAGUGAAGGAUUAUGCUUUUCCUUAUCCUCAGGACUGCAACCCCCGGUGCCCCAUGCGAUGCUAUGGACCGAUGUGCACCCAUUAUACACAGAUGGUUUGGGCCACUUCCAAUCGUAUAGGCUGCGCAAUCCACACAUGCCACAAUAUGAACGUCUGGGGAUCUGUUUGGCGACGAGCUGUUUACUUGGUAUGCAACUAUGCCCCAAAGGGGAAUUGGAUUGGAGAGGCACCAUAUAAAGUAGGAGUCCCAUGUUCUGCUUGUCCUCCAAGCUAUGGAGGUUCUUGUACCGACAAUCUUUGUUUCCCAGGAGUAACAUCAAACUACUUAUAUUGGUUUAAAUAAGUUAACGUUUACAUUAUUUUUUAAAAACUUGGAUGAAUAACAAGAAGCUUGUAUAUUGAAUUUUGCACAUAUUUUAUAUAGAGAGAUACUGUAAUAAUACUCUGAUGUUUUCUUUUUGUAUGCUUUUGUAUAAUUAGCUUCCAAAGUAUAGUGUAAUUAGUUGUUAACUCUUUGGGAUUUAUGACUCACAUUAGCCCUUUUAGAUUAACAUUCUGUAAAGGAGAGCAAACUCAUUUUCAUUUUAGCAAGUGUAGCUUCCUGAAAAUUAGAUUCCACUGAAAGCACAUUAAAAGGUACUGUCAACUUAUACCUAAAAUAUGCUGUCCUUUUAAAAAUAAUAGUUUUUGAAAGAGAGGGAUCAUUGUUUAAUACUGUGCUUUAAAAACAGAGACAUGUAAAGCAAUAAUUCUUCCUCAGACUGCCAAUGGUUCCUUCCAUUUACAACUGUGCUUUCAUCUGCAGUGUCAAUGGGACUGUGCAGAGGAAAACAUAUCUGCAAGAUAAACUGCAGGAUAUUACCUACCUCAUGCACAACAUUAAUUCAUUUAUGGUGUUUCAAGAAUUCAGCACACGGCUGCUGCUAUCAUCAAUGAUGCCUGUGUGCAGACAGAAAAAUUAGAGAGAACAAGAAACCAUAUGGGCCAAGAUGCAGUGGCUGUUAACUUAUGUGCGUAAAACCUGAUGUAGAUAGAAAGCUACAUCACUUUACAUAUAUGCUGAUGUAAACACAGCCAAACUUUGUAUUACUGUGUUUCUGAACACAGUCAUAGUGGUAUAAAUGUGCUUUGUUAGAGUAUAUUUUUUCCUGUUCUGGAAGUAAAGAAAUAUAUUGCUACAAAGCAGUGCAUAUCAGUACAUGAUAUACAUACUACAUCCUUCAAAUCAGUAUAUGUGCUGUUCCCCUGACUGAAUCUCAUCCACUUGAAAUUUUCAAGAACAGGUCAGACCUGAAAAUAGGUAGUAAGAUUUCCAAGUAAAAUAUUAAAUAUUCAUCAGGCAGCUUUAAUACUUUAUUACUUCAUACAGAUUAGCUAUGAAGAUUCCAAAUUUCUAAAGCAACUGACAAUGUAAUACAUUCUCUUAAAAGGUGUCCAUGUUUUAAAGAAACUACACUUGUAAUAUUCUACUUUUAUCCUCACAAUUACAGUAUAUAUGGUUUUACUUCUGGUUUCAAAGGAUCCUGGGUUCAAAAGUGCUAGAUCAAUCAAGUACUUUGAGUAAAAUUCUGUUUUGGGAGUGAGAUAUAGCCAUGUACACACGUACUUAUGUAUACUUAUAUACACUUACGUACACACAGAAAGAACUUUAUAAGACAAAACUACUAGGUGGGUCAUCAGCCCUCAGCUAGCACAGUUUGUGACAAAGAUGCAUGGGACAAGUACAUUUUUGUUCCACAUAAGAAUUCUUCUCAAAGAGUAAAGACAGCACAGCUAAAACAGUGCACUUUGACAUUUUCUUGUAAAAAAUACACGAUAGGAAGCAGAGCAAAGCAAAAGUUCAGGUUAUACCAUGGAACCUGUAGUAGAAGGUCUAUUGACAAAUGUUUAUGCACUUUGGAACUUGCAACUUGUAUGUUAUAUGGUACACUUUCCAAACAGGACUAGACAUUGUAAAUUAAUUUAUAAUUCUGUAAUUCAGCUGAAAUUAUUAUAACGGGUAUAUAUGUUAUUGUAUCUGUUACUUUUUAAGUUGCUACAAAUACCUUAAUUUUGUGAAAUAUUGUGUUUUCUGUGGAUAUAGAAAACUUUGCUUUUAACAAACAGGUAUGCAGGUUUUUCAUGACAUCCCAUAAUGGUGCUAGGAAUUAACUAAUCACACUGUAAUUGACAGCAGCAAAUAAUGACCUGGGUAUAAGCUAUUUCAUACGAGCAGCUCCUGAUAAAACCAGCCACAAGCACUCAAGCAUUAGCUGAAUAUUUUCAUUGAAUGGAGAUGAUCACAGUGAAUCAGGUGUUUGAUUAUGAUGCAAAAUUUUUCUUUCCACUUUAUUUCAUAAGUAGUUUACGGAAGGCCUUUCUGUAUUGCCUAGCUGAACCUUUCCAGUUUCUAUCCUAUUUUCCUCUUGGCUUGGAUAAUGACAAUGUCAGCAAAGAUCUACUUUGAUUGCCAGUAUCAGGGUUGCCUGAUUGAUUGUCUGGCACAAAGUGGUGCCAGAAAAAAUAAGUACUGAAAUGUACUAAGACUUCAGAUGUCUUCAGCAGUGCAUCUGCUAUGAUAUAAAUUGAGGAAAGCUCUUGAUGAGUUCAAGGUCACACUGAGGCAAAUUAACCCCAUUUGCUAUUCUCACAGCCUUAAAUAUUGGUACUUCCUUCUUCCAAGCUGAGUAGUGUGCAUUUAAAAACAAUCUGGCUGUUGGAGAAAUUAGCUCAGACUUUUGUUCUGUUCUAAAUACAAAAUUAUGAAAGCAUACACAAACUAGAAUAAGGUUAAAAUAUUUGUUCUCAAAAUACUGUGAGAGGUAGAAGAGUAAAAAUGAGGUAGUUGAUAUCAUGAACUACUGAGUGCAGAUGUUUAUAGGAUAAUAUUGCUUGUGAUAUUUUUUGCCUCAUUUAAACAUCUGAGAUGAUGGGUAGCAAUUGAUACCUUUUGGUGCUAACCUAUAUUUUCUGGUGCUGAAGUAAUACAUUAUUUUUGUGGAAGAAUAGAUUUACUUCUAAUAUUACCAUACACACUCCAGUGUUUUUGAGAUCUUUUCCCACUAAGCAUAUAAUUUACCACUGGGAUGGAUUUCGUUUGAAAGCUCCUUUCUAUGGUUGUUUCAGGUUCUAAUGAGGAUUUUGUAAUUUGUAAUUAGGGAGGGAAAUGUAUUCCUGUUCAAAACCAAAACAAACAGCAUCCUCCUCUCAUCACAAUGAGGUGCCUGUGGAAAAAAAUAUCGGGAGGGUAAGACCUCUGACAGCCAUGAUUUCAGAAUGGUGCUGAGCAGAUUUGAGUGAUCCCAACUCCUCUCUCUGGGGUAAUUAAUGACUUCAGAAAAUUCAAGCUUGACCUUGCACACUUAGUCUUGAGAACAUGUGUGUUCUUCUCUGAGAUCAGUUUGUUCCCCUCUGAAUUCGAGAUAAGCUGGAUCAGGACUUAGUGAAGACUAUGGGAGGCUUGAUAUAACAUUUGUAAGAGUGAGAAAAUUGGAUUCCAUCUGCAAACAGCAAAAUGAGACUUCAAGAGCUCUCCCCUAAUAACACUGGGAAAGACCUCAGCAGUCUGAAAGAGGAAACUUCCCUGGAGAAAAAGUUCCCCAUACCACAAUUAGGAUCUAACAGAAAUCAUAAAUGUAUCUAUAUCCAUAUAGGUAGACAGAGGGAUAGAUAGGUAAAUAUACGUAUUUAUAUAUUACCUUCAAGGAUCCAGUUGCAAGCAUGGAUGCCCUCUUGUGGUUGAGAAUGCAAAUAUAUAUUUAGGUUUGAUUUUGUCUGAAUCCGAAAAGGUUUAGGCUUUUUUAAAAACAAACAUAUACAUUUUGUUCGAUUGUUGGUUUCUUUUUUUUUAUGUUUAUGACCUUGAUUUUAAAGAUGCAUGACUUUAUCCAUUUGCUUUGAGAAAAGAGGUCCAUCGCAUAAAUCCUCCAGUUCUUAGCUUUAUGUCAUUUGUAAAUACAGUAGUGAAUCAAAAUUGCAUUGGCUGUUGCUUACCUACCAUACAACAUUCUAAGAGUAUGAGGUAAGACAGCUGUUCAGAUGUCAGAUGAAUUUUUAGCUACAUUACUUCAGACACAGUUCAGAAAAUGUAGAGGGUGGGAAGCAUCCUUACUCAGAUACUAAAUUUUACUGAUCCUUAAUAAAAGUUCCAAAUUACAGCUGAAAUUUGCCCUUUGUUAAAUUUUCAAGAAAAAAAAAUCCACUUGAUUUCUUCUUCAAGAGUGAAAUGAUCUCAUAGAAUUUGAGCACAUGGUAUUCUAAUGUGCUUUCUAGAAUGGUGCAAAAUCAGGUCAGAUGGUCUCAAAGAACACAAACUUUCACAUCAUGAUUCAUAAUGGGAACAUUAAAUCUCUGUUAAUAGCAACCUGAAAUAAUCACAGAUUUCUCAAACUGCUUUUUUUUUCAAUAGAAAAUAAAGCAAAAAGCAAGAAAACAUAGGAACAGCCCGUCUAGUUAAUUCAAGACAGAAGAAAAGAAUCAUUACUAAUGGUAAUUCCAAGAUUUCCUUGCUGCAUGACAUUCAGCUACUGAGUUCCUCUCAGAUAUACUUAUUUUCUGUUAAAGAAGGAGCUUUCGUUCAUAUUGCAAGGGAAUACAUUUUAAAAUUAGUAUAACUAAAUUGAACAGGCAUUAAAAUUUAAUACCCCAUUCUGCUGAGCUCACCUGAUUGUGAAGUGUGAGAAUACCAGGCAGAAAUUGUUGCAGUUCAGUAUUAUCUUCUUGUCUUCUGCCAAGAGAGAAAAUUCAGAGUGAAAGAGAUUUUACUAUACUUUCAUCUUCUGCAAUCUUAUCAUUUGACAAUCAGGCAGAAAAUUCUUUUAAAAUCUCUUGUACUGAAAAUCCAUAUAAAUUAUUUUUGGGGUAUUUUGGCCAGCAGGAGAAGAGCGGGAAUGUCCCUCAGGUUAUGUGUUUAGCUCACAACAACAGUCCUUCAAAACACUCAGCUGUUUGUCAUGCUGCAAACUCACUAUAGCUUCAAUACAUCACCAUGUAAGUCAGGAAUCAUCUUAGAUACAAUAAUUAAAGUAAAAAAACCUGUUCCUUAAGAGUGAAUGGUAAUAUUGGAAUCUAAUAACUCUGAAGAGUUAAACAUCUUGUUUCAUGUAGGGUGCUCUUAAGUAAUCAAAACGGUGCUUAAAGGCAGGGUUCAUUUAAUAAACAAACCAUUUACAGUUACUUUUCUACUUCUAUCUGCAAUAAGGACAGAAGGUUUUUCUGAGGAUUGGAAAUGCUGAAGAUUGGAAAAUGAUGAACCCAAGCCAAAAACGUUAAGUAUGUAUACAGUAAAAUGUCCUUUUCUCCCUCUAAUUAUAUAUUGUCAUCAUUUCUUGUUCAGAUUUUUUUUUAUUAUUAUUGAGUGGGUGGGAUUGCAUCUGGUUUUUCAGAGAAGAAAGCUUGUUUUGUUACACAUCUUACAGUGAAUGUAUCAAUAUAAUAUUUUUUCAUACUGUCAUAGGAUGCUAUAUACAUGUUAUAUCUGAGAUAUAAAUUUGUAUCCCUGUUUCAAUUUUUGAUGCUAUGAAACUAUAAAGAAAUGUACAUCAUUUUGUUCUAUUUUGUAACAUCUAUUCAUUUAAAUAAAUAAGUAAA